UUUAUUUUCUUCCGAACAUUUCUGCGACAGAAACAGAAAAACAAACAAAUUCUUGAAUAACAUUUUUUGUCAUGUUCGAAGAAUUUUUUUUUUUACUUUAAUUCAGAAAAAUAGAUUUGUUUUAUAUUUCGAUGAGUCAGAGAAACUGAGCAAUUUUUAAAUGAAACUUUCAGAAUAUUGACAUCAUUUUUUUUAAUGAUCUGUGGACGUCCCCCAUGUCCCUGAAGCGUCUCUUUGUCCCCACAGACUCAAACAGGACGUUACAGAUUAAUCUCUCAGAUACAAAACAAAACAAAAACACAAUAAGACAAACAGGAAACAGUCAGCGUGGAAACACGAUGAGGUCCACUUUGAUCCAGUUUGAUCCAGGACACCGAGUCUGUGUCGUAUAAAGACGGUGUGCAGAGGACGACUGUGGACAAAGACGCAGAGGAACAUGGCCACCGAGCAGAUCAGGAGGUUGACCUUCCACCUGACGCUCACCGUCCUCCUAGGAUCUUCGUCGUCUGAUUGGCCGCCGGCUCCUGCAGUGUCCUCUCAGCUGUCUCCGUGUCAGCUUGUCAACCAAACGGUGUCUCUGGAGAAGGACGGAUGUCCCACGUGUCACCCAGUGGAGACGACCAUCUGCAGCGGCCACUGCAACACCAAGGAUCCCGUCAUCAAGAUACCAUUCCUCAACAUGUACCAGCACGUGUGCACGUACCAGGAAGUGCACUACAAGACCUUUCACCUGCCGGACUGUGGUCCCGGCGUGGACCCGAGCGUCACGUACCCGGUGGCUGUGAGCUGCAGCUGCAGCAGGUGUGCGAUGGACAUGUCCGACUGCACGUAUGAGAGCCUGCAGCCCGACAUCUGCAUGAACGACAUACUUUUCUACUACUGA